GACCGGUCGAGGUGAGCCUGUGUGUCGUUAGCGCUGGGUGUCGGGGAAACCUUUGUCUAUUCACGUGAGAAAAGAAGAGCCCUGAGAAGAAGAGCGACAAAUGGAGCUAAUGGGAUCCACCUUGACGGCGGAGUACACCCGACCCAAAACCAGCCAAUACUUCCCAGCCAUCUCCAACAUGGUGUCCUCCUACCGGAGCAACCAGCCUGUGCUGGCCAUGAACCCCAGUGCCAACCAGCCCUGGAGGACUAACGCCUACUACCGCACAGGCAGCGCUGCCGCCAUCCCCUCCCUCUCCUCCAUCCAGAGGGAGAACCUAGGCUUCGACCUGGUCCGGGCCAAGACCAUGUUCUACCCGUCAAACCGGUCAGCCAUGAUCACCCGCUACACCCCAGACGACUGGUACAAGUCCAACCAGAGCAACUACCGUGAGUCGGAGUCGUCCAGGAACAGUGCGGAGCGGCUGAGGAGGGAUACCAUCAGGUUGAUGCAGGAUAAAGAGCAGCUGACAAGGAGGACCCAGGAGACCACCAGUAAGAACAUCGGUGAACGCCUCAACGACAUCAGUUUCUGGAGGUCAGAGUUGAACCAUGAGAUAGACAACAUGGUGAGCGAGAUCAUGGCCCUCACUGAGGUGAAGAGAAGGCUGGAGAGGGCCCUGCAGGAGACCGAGGGGCCUCUGCAGGUGUCCCAAGAAUGCCUGUAUCACAGAGAGAAGCGAAUGUCCAUUGAUCUGGUUCACGACAACGUGGAGAAAGAUCUCAUAAGGGAAGUGGAGACCAUUAAGUCAUGCCAGGAGAGGAUGAGGAGACAUCUAGACAAAGCCAUCGCUCAACUAGCGUCAAACCGAGCAGCUCAGCAUGAGCUGGAGAGAGACCUCAGUGACAAGGUGACAGCCCAGAGAAUAGACAAUAGGUGUCACCAUCUCAGGAAUGCGUCAGACGGGAUCAGCUACUACAGAGGGAUCGAGAGACUGGACCCAUCGCUCUCCCUGCCCGACUCGUGGUCAAAGUUCACGGAUGACAACAUCCUUCACUCCCAGAGCGAGCGGGCGGCUUCCCACAAGCUGCGUGAUGUUAUUGAGAUCCUGCUGAACGUCACGUCCAAUGAGAUGUGGAAACAUUUCAACACGGUCAACGUGGCCUUCACCAACCGCAUGUCAGAGACCGCCGAUGCCAAGAACAGCCUGCAGACACACCUGGCUAAGACCCUCCAGGAAAUCUUCCAGACAGAGAUGCUGAUAGAGAGCCUGAAGAAGGCUCUGAGGGACAAGGAAUGCCCCCUGAAGGUGGCCCAGACCAGGCUGGACGAGAGGACACGCAGGCCCAACGUGGAGCUCUGCAGGGACAACCCACACCACAGACUGGUGGGAGAAGUGAGGGAGAUAGAGGACACCAUCCACAAGCUGCGUGAGAGACUGAUGGAGGCAGAGAACACCCUGCAGAAGCUGGUGAAGACCAAGUCUGCCCUGGAGCAUGACCUCUCCAUCAAGGCUAACUCCUUGUUCCUGGAUCAGGAGAAGUGCAUGGGCAUAAGGAAGAGCUUCCCCAGCACCCCACGCCUGGUGGGAUACACCUAAAGCCAUCACAUACAGUGCAUUCGGAAAGUAUUCAGACCCCUUGACUUUUACAGCCUUAUUCUAAAAUUGAUUAAAUGUUUUUUCCCUCAUCAAUCUACACACAAUAUCCCAUAAUGACAAAGCAGAUUUUUUUAUUUUUUUUCUAAUUUAUCAAAAACAAAAACUGAAAUAUCACAUUUACAAAAGUAUUCAGACCCAGCCUUGAAUCUCCUUGGUUAUGAUGCUACAAGCUUGGCACAGCUGUAUUUGGGGAGUUUCUUCUAUUCUUCUCAGCAGAUAAUCUCAAACUCUGUCAGAUUGGAUGGGGAGCGUCGUUGCACAGCAAUUUUCAGGUCUCUCCAGAGAUGUUAGAUUGGGUUCAAGUCCCUGCUCUUGCUGGGUCACUCAAGAACAUUCAGAGACUUGUCCCGAAGCUUCUCCUGCAUUGUCUUGGCUGUGUGCUUAGAGUUGUUGUCUUGUUGGAAAGUGAAUCUUCGCCCCAUUCUGAGGUCCUGAGGACUGGAGCAGGUUUUCAUCAAUGCUCUCUCUGUACUUUGCUUUUUUGUUAAUCUUUCCCUCUAUCUUUACUAGUCUCCCAGUCCUUGCCACUGAAAAACAUCCCCACAGCAUGAUGCUGCCACCACCAUACUUCACCGUAGGGACGGCACCAGGUUUAAUUCAGAUGUGACGCUUGGCAUUCAGGUCAAAGAGUUCAAUCUUGGUUUCAUCAGACUAGAGAAUCUUGUUUCUCAUAGUCAGAGUACUUUAGGUGCCUUUUGGCAAAUUCCAAGAGGGGUGUCGUGCCUUUUAAUGAGUAGUGGCUUCCCGUCUGGCCACUCUACCAUAAAGGCCUGAUUGUUGCUGCAGAGAUGGUUGUCCUUCUGGAAGGUUCUCCCAUCUCCACAGAGGAACUCUGGAGCUCUGUCAGAGUGACCAUAGAGUUCUUGGUCACCUCCCUGACAUAGGCCCUUCUCCCCCAAUUGCUCAGUUUGGCCAGGUGGACAGCUUUAGAAAGAGUCCUGGUGGUUCCAAACUUCUUCCAUUUAAGAAUAAUGGAGGCCACUGUGUUCUUGGGGACUUUCAAUGCUGCAGAAAUGUUUUGGUACCCUUCCCUAGAUCUGUGCCUCGACACAAUCCUGUCUCGGAGCUCCACUGACAUUUUCUUCGACCCCCUAGAUCUGUGCCUCGACACAAUCCUGUCUCGGAGCUCCACUGACAUUUUCUUCGACCUUAUGGCUUGGUUUUUGCACUGACAUGCACUGUCAACUGUGGGACCUUAUAUAGACAGGUGUGUGCCUUUGCAAAUCAUGUCCAAUCAAUUGAAUUUACCACAGGUGGACUCCAAUCAAGUUGUAGAACCAUCUCAAGGAUAAUCAAUGUAAACAGGGUGCACCUGAGCUCAAUGUCAAGUCUCUUAGCAAAUAGUCUGAAUACUUAUGUAAAUAAGGAAUUUCUGAAAACCUGUUUUCACUUCGUAAUUAUGGGGUAUUGUGUGUAGAUUGAUGAGGAAAACAUUUAAUACAUUUUAGAAUAAGGCUGUAUACAUUUUAGAAUAACGUAACAAUGUGGAAAAAGGGAAGGGGUCUGAAUACCUCCCGAAUGCACUGUACAUGUAUACCACAGGAGGUUGGUGGUACCUUAAUUGAGGAGGACGGGCUCGUGGUAAUGAAUGGAGCGGAAUUGGUGGAAUGGUAUCAAAUAAACCCAACACGUGGUUUCCAUGUUUUUGAUGCCAUUCCAUUUGCUCCGUUCCAGACAUUAUUAUGAGCCGUCCUCCCCUCAGCAUUCUCCACUUAUGUAUACUAUAAGAGUGGUAGGCUACACUUGGGCAAUGACGAAGUACUGUAUACACUAACUAAGGCCCAGAAUGUUUCCUGGUCAAGAGCAUUGCACAAGGGAAAACUCCUGGAUCCUAUAGCAAUGAGCAUCAUAUAGGGAUAGGGAAACGCAUAUCCUUUCCAUGCUAUUGUACCGACCUGACCUGUACUAUUCUGGCUCCGCUUCUCACAUUUUCCUUUCUAGCAUGGUUCCAGCCAAGCCAAUCUGCGCUAUACUGCUCUGGCCUGGUUCUUCCUAUGCUGAGGAACCAGACCAGAGCAGUAAUAGUCAGAUGGGCGUGGCUUGGCAAUAGAGAAUGAUAGAGGACUCUAGUGCACAAAAGCUUGAUUUAGCAUGAGCACCGCCAUUGAGGACGUUCACCAUUUGGGUGUCAUCAACUGGGUGUGACUUCCUUUAGGUUAAGGAAUGAUUAAAUAAUUUUGUCCAGGUCAUCAGGAGAGAUCAGCCGAUUAAUUUUACUUGUGAGUAAACAUUCCAUGACUGCAGGUGGCAGUAAAUCGCUAACUUGGCUUUAUACCUUUUCAAACAACACACUACUGGUGGCAGUAUAUGCCCUUUCAGUUUGUUUGCCAACUCAUAUAUGUAGUAGAAGAAAAACAUUGACUACUUCCAAAAUGUAGAUAGCCUCAAUGGCGCAUGCUCUAACAUAUGCCAUAAUGGGACAGAUACAAUGGUGUGAUUUCUAUCUAAGUCUAUGGUGGAACAUUAUCACAACAAUAUAUUAUCAGGUCAGGGACUCAGGUUAGGGGACAAGCCCUAUUGGUCUGACAGUCCAUGGAAACCAAACAGUGGUUCUGGGCGAGCAGCAGAUGUGGCAGUAAUCUCCAAACAAACACACAGGAUUAGCUCCUGUAGCAGAGAGGCUAGAACAAAUAUAUUGGCCUCUGGAGGGUUACUUAGUCAACCUCUGAUCUGUCAGAGUCAAUAACUAGCCUGGAUGAUACCUUUGUGAGCCAUUGACACUCACUGGUGGUGGUUUUACUACUGUUUGAAAGAAAGCUCAGGCCCUGGAAAGACACUAAAAGUUCAAGUGAAACUGACACUGGCCAUUUUUUUAAUUACUUCCAGGCUGCUUGGUAUACCAUUAUUUUUAAACCAUUCAGUGAGUGAGAUUUAUUGUAUUGUCAACUUAAUUUAGUAUUUGAUUGCCUUUACUGGUGGUAUAUAAAUAAUUUGACACAA